AUUUCCCCACUGCUUCUUAAUGCGACGAUGGCUUCAUGUAUACCGGACGAAAAUCAGAAAUCUAAAAAUGAAAUGAGGCCGUAGAACAGUCUCCAUCAUUGUGGAGGAGCUACAUGGCUGUCAGCGGUCCGCUAGUUAGUUUCCUAAACCCGAGAGGGGGAGGGCACGCAUCGGAGAGGCCUCUUCUCAAGCGGCUGUUUUGAGCCACUCUCCCAGGUGUGCAAGAGGCCUUCCGCGGCGAUUUUCGAGAAGCUAUGCUGUCCAUUGGCAGUCAGUUUCAUCUUAAACUCCCAUACAGUCUUUCGCUUCCCUUGGCUGGCUUGAUGGUCACUUUAUUUGAGAGCUGAAAAAGUUUCUUCCCUUACCACAGAAGUUCCCCGGCUCUGCCAGUUCCGCGGUGGCCGGACGUGCUCGGGCGCAGGCAGCCCUGCUGUUUGCACGAGAGUUUGUUUCUUUUGUAUGAGACUAACUUGACCUCUUUGCUAUUUCAGUUCGGGGGAUUUGUCUUCUCGGAGUGGACGCAUUGCACCUUUCUUGGAAGCGAAAGUGAAGAAACGUGUGCGAAUGCGUGCUGGACGGGGACUCGCACCCGCUAAUUCAAGAACGCACAACGCAGAUGAACAGGUGACAACCUUCAGCGCAUUGAGAAGAAACGUGGCGGAAGUUCGUUUGCAUAACAGGGCAGGUUUAUUUCCAAUAACAAAUUGGUCAGGGGUUUGUUCGUUUCCGUUGCAUUCGCUGGUACCCCCCUGAUGCCUCCAGUACACCAGUCACCCUCGCCGUCCUGGCCUGGAGGUGACACAUGCACAAUGGAACCUUUCUUUCUCUGUGACCGUUCGUGGCUUCUUGUUAUUCGUCAAGAGACCGGUGUGGUUGAAGACCAAAGGGACUAUUCGGUAACUCCAAUGCCCUCUUGAGGUCCCUAAACUCUCACGAGUUCACUGAAUUUCGUUCCUCGAGUGAAACUAAAGUACCAAAAAGUUGCCGCCGUUUUGACUCGAGUCGGGUGGCUCCCUGCUGUUGCCUGGAACCAGACGACAGAAGGCAGAUGACAACCCACGUUGACAGGGGCACCUUUGUGUUGCCACAUGCUUUCUACUGCAACGGUCUCGUCUUGCGCCGGUUAUGUAGUUCUGCGUGACUACUGCCCCAUCUCCGUCUUCCGUGCGUUGUGCUAGGCCUCGUCUCGGUUUCGCUGUAAUCGCUGUUUUCCUGCAGGUUUCCAGGUACUCACGGUCUGUUACUUCCCGUCCGUCAAUUCCCCCACGUUGAUUUUCCUGAUACUUUGGUUACACUUCUCGCGUGCAAUGACACACCAGCCUCUCACUCACCGGCGGCAGCCGGCUGAAGGAGAUUCUUCGUUCCUACUGCCUGACACAGUCUACUCUGCAUUGCAUGCCGGUGAAAUGUGGGAGCUUUUUCGUGGUUCGCUGUCGGAUCCAUCUUCUACAUUCGAGCAGGCUUCCUCCGGGUACACUGUACCCUCCCCUUCACAUUUGCACGCGCCGGUGUCCCGAUCUUCGUUUCAGGGGGCGUCGCCGCUCGCAGAUCCUCGCGGUCGGCCAGCGUCGUCGUCGUUGAUUCCUUCGUUUGUCUUUCCUUCGAGGUUUCCGGAGUCUUUUCCGUUGUCUCUAAGCGAUUAUGCAGGAAUUCUUCCCGCUUCAAGUCGCGAUGAGGGACAGAAACCUCUGUGCGUCCGGAGUCUUGUUCUGGGGAUGGAAGUGGCGCUUCUCAGUGAACGCGUUAGCCGCCUUCCUGAUGGUGGCCUCGACCCCGCAAGCGACCUCACAUGGCUGUGCUUGCUUCAAGCUUACGGGCUAUAUCAGCAGGACACGGUGGCGUUUUUAAAUCGCCUUCUUAUGGUGUCUCAGGAUCGGUUGGCUCGGAUCCUCGACUUCUUCCAGAACUAUCCAUCUAAUCCAUCGUGCUGUCGGUCCUUCGUCGGCCUGCAUCAGCGCACGUCGCCUGCGUCCUCUGGACCACCUUUUGGAGCUUCUGAGGCACCCGAGAGCCGAGUACCAACGCAGCAGCCGCUCCCUCCCCUCCACAUUCAUCGGGAAGGUUCCUUUGUGUGCGGGGAAGUCCCGGCAAGCCGUGGCGCCUCAGGAGCUUUUUCAGUGGGAGAAGAAGGAAGGGCUGUGGACUCGACUCGCCGUACCGUCGACGGAGCGACGCAUUGUCUGGAAGACGAGAAGGAGACGCACCAGACGAACCUGACUUUGAGUAUGCUUGAGGAGCCCCCACGUGAGGCUGCUCCGUCCGUCUGUUCCUCCGGCAUUCCAGAGUCUUCUGUCUCGUCGCCGUGUCGCUCCGCGGAUUCGUCUCCUAUAUGUUCCUUCUCGUCUUCUCGCGCCUCAUGUCUGCCUUCAGAGCAAGACAGCCACGAAGAACCUCUGGAGUCUCCUCUACCUUCUCUCUCGGAGCCAGUUCCAGGAAUGCUGACCUCUGGGGAAGGCAAGAAAGCAGGCAGCUUCCAGGCCACCCCGUCGGAUAUCGCCGCCCUGCUCUCCUCUACUGGGAAAGAGAGAAUGAGGAGACGGAAGCGCGACUCCGAGAAACCUCACGAUAGCCGGCCACGAGAUCUGCUAUCGUGUUCGGCUUCCCUUGGAGGAAGCACUAGAGCUGCAGCUUCUCAAAGUGGAUCUGUUGGGUCCUCUCUGGAGUGUCUCUCCGAAUCUCUGGCUUCGAUUGACGCAGCUAAGACAGGAGAGAGAAGAUGGCUUCAUCACGCCUUCCACUUCAACGGGAGCAAGGCCGAACGAGCAGUGGAAUUUGACACAGAGGACGAGGGGCCCCUGACGGACAAGGCAAGUGCGGCAGAGGAAGAAGUUCCUCGACCCCGCGUUCGCCGCGCGCUCGCGACCGCGACCAUACAAAUCUUCAGGGGAGACACAUGCGAAGAAGAUGCCGAUUUAGCACCAUCUGCGUGCACACAAAUCGCGGAGGACCGUCACUUAGGUCGGUCCACAACAGAGUCGGGUACAAGUGACGACGAGAACGACGAAGGUCAAGCGGACGAUGUCCUCCCUUGUGCGAAUCCCGAAUCGGCAGCAAAGCGAGAACUGAGUCUCUCUGUUUGUGGUUCACGGGGCGAAGAGGGAACUGAUGUGGACCGGAAUACCAGUGACCCACAGCAUCUGAUGUCCGCGUCCUCGCCGUCGCCUGUUUCAGGCUUUCAGAGGAAGUGUCUUUCUUCUCGCCCCGAGGAUUCGCGGCAGUCUCAACGGGCGCACAAGAGGUCGCGCCGACGUUUGCGUCGCGCGCGGUCGUGUCCCGGGUUAGUGUUUUGUCGUGGCCUUCGAGGCGUUCGUCAUUCCUCGUCGGCCUUGCCGGACCAGCUCCGGCGCCACUCGGUUGACCUCGUUUUGGUGCCAGCGGCCUGGCGUCGCCGCGCUGCAACACACUGUUCUUUGUCUUGCCGGGAGUUCCCCACUGCGUUUUCGGAUGCCUUUGCACGCCCUCUUACCAAGGAAUCAUUUAGUUUGAAUGCAGGCCCCUCCAGCUGCUCGGACUUCUGUGAUUCGCCGAGCUUUUCACAUCGCUUCCCUUCCCAGCCUCUCUCUCCACCUAUUUCGCCUUCGCCCUCAGAUCCUGUCUGCGAAAAAGAAGACAGCGGUCAGAGAUAUACCCAGGAAUCGACUGAAUGUCUUCCUUCUUCGCGAGAGUCGCCUUCGGCUCAUGCGAUUCCACCUUCGGUUUCUCCCGUGUCUCCUGGCCGUGCCCGCCACUCGCAGUUGAAAGACUUCGCCCUCGCGCUCCAGCUUCAGAUGAGGGAAAACGCCCUGCGGCUGCAGAUCCUUCAGCGCCAGCAACGCGUUCUGGUGGAGCACCACGAAACAGCACGACGGCGGCAACAAGCCACCCUCCAGCGUCUUCACGAAGCCCAGCAAUACGCAGACACGCCUUCACUGUACAGAAGUUCUCGUGCUUCUGGGGCGCCUCAGUGUUCCUCGAACAUGAACAUUGGACAAGAAUCCCCAUUCUCUGGAGUGGGAAGCGUGCCUCGCGAACAUCUGCCAGAAGCAGGUCCUGAAGGAGAAGGGCGAGGUCACGGUGUCAUCGGGUCUGCCUCUGGAUCGAUGGAGCGCAUAUCCUUCCCUCCUACGUGUGAGGCGUUGCGCGUGGCGAAUGGGAACUUGCAUGCAACAGGACACCUGCGGCAGGUGGCCGCGUCGCAACAUCAAGCAGACAUGCGGGAGAGAAGUGGAGGCAUGCUGUUGCUUUCCUUCAAUCCGAUCGGAGGCAUGGGUGAGGCAGCAAGAAACGGCGAGAUUCCGAACCGAGGAGGACACUUACCUUUCACGAUGACAGUUUCGUCCUCCGGCUAUCCUCACCAGAUAAAUUCUGGUCAGGCCUCUUCCCGAUUCGAACGAGCAGGCACAGAUCCUCCGUCGCCAGCGUACUCCUUUGCCACGUUUUCUAACCUUUCAGACCAGCAAGCCCGACAGCGUUCUUCCGGUGUCCUCUACUCUGGAAGCCCAGCUUUAUCGCCGUCAGCUCCCUCACCUAGUCCCCUCGUCGCCAACGGCUCCUUUUACCAGGCACGUGGUCCCCUCUCCCCUGCUAUGAUUGCUGCGAGCGUCUCUGGACGCAAUGCGUCUUGCACGUCGCCGGGUGUCUCGACAGUCGGCCAGGAGGAAGCUGCACACUUCCCGUUUGGUCCCGGAACCCCGGCGCCGGAACUGGGUCUCUCUCGGCAUCAGUUGGACGACUCCGUUGCGGCGAGUGCAGCCUCUUUGCCUCUGUGGAGAGAGUCUAUGAGACGGGGAGAGGAAGCUGAGACGCAUGAAGCGGCACAUACGUUCAGGACAAGCAGCGGGAUCAUUGGGGUGAGUUCCAGACCUCUAUCUUCCAUCUCAGCGGCAUCAGGAACAUCUACCGAGACAGCUGCAUUCGAAAUUCACCCGGUAGGAACUCAGCCGAGUCUGCCGACGAGGGGGUCGAGCUGGGUUCCCUUUCGAUACCGGUGGUCUCCCUCUCCCGCGUUUGACUUGUCUGCAACCCCCGGAGUCUCUCAAAUGUUUCUCCCUGCCCAGGAGAGAGAAGGCCAUAGGCAGCAGAGCUUUCCAGAGACGCGGGAUCGGUCUGUGUCGUCCCCUCCAUGUGGGCCUAUCGACAUGCGAAAUUACUUUUACCGACCAAAUCGGGGUCCGGCCCCGCAGCAUGAGUGGCGAAGAACAGAGAACUGUGGACGUGGCGAAGGAUUCCCGGGUUACCUUUGUCUCGGUGAGACUCCGUAUGGGGAUGAGGGACCGAGGGGAGAUUCUCACGCGCUUCAGGAUGGCUCGACAGCCUGUGGGUAUUCUUUCCCGCACGUGGCGGGGCAGCGUCGCAUGCAAUCUGGACCGAGCAUUCCGGUGGGAGGGUCCGCGAGUGCUCAAAGAAACGUGAGGGGAAUUUCAGGCAGUCCGUCAUCCGUAACUGCUGCACAACCUCCCCUCUCGCGCACAACAUCUGCAGAGAUGCGUGCACCGAACCAUGUGUAUGCCUUCAACCCUUCGACGGGAGGACGCUACAUGCAGAUGAGACAGGCAGGAGAGGCACAACCGAGAUAUGCGCCUUGCGGUCAGCCGGGUGCUCCGAGCAGGUACGAACAUCACGUACUCCUGCAACAGCAGCGACAACAACAAGAGCUGCUCCAGAGGCAACUGAUGAAAAGCGAGGAACACAUCCAAGGGCUCCGAGCGCUUAUGGGCCGUCUACUUGUUGUCAUGGAGCACCUGGAGAGCAGAGACGCUUUGAGUAACUAAGGAGGAGAAUGGACAGCGGAUAGGGGGGCCGUGUGAAGGCAAGAUGAGGGAGAGAAGCGUAGAUGGGGAAAGACAGACUGAAUAGAAAAUAGAGAACCCGCUACCGCAGCACGGGCAUCUCUGCAGAGGAAUUCUUAUAUGUGGGCCGACAACAAAGACGUGCAUCAGCUAAACGUUUUGUGCCUGCCUCCACUAGAGACAGCUUCCUCUUGCUUCUUGUGUGUCUUUUCGUGACUUAUGCUUCAUGGAAGAUGGAAUGCCCGGUGGAGUAACACCUCGAGACUGUUACUCCUUUUCGGGAUGAUUCUCCAGUUAUAUCUGCUAACGCUUGACAUGCUCGUCUAUUCAUGUAGGAAUGUUGGUUCUUCAGAGUGCUUAUCCUUGAGCGCAGCUCCCUCGUUUCUCAGGAAAAGAGAAUCGUCGGUUGUCGGAAAUGCCAUCGACAACGCUUUUUUACGUGGCAGCGACUGCAACUCACUACAUAAUUGCCUUUCCGAACACUGAAAAUCAGUGCUUUCUGCACGCACCAGUGGAUACGACUAGACCAAAAAGG